CUCUUUACUCAAUGUUUGUACGCAGGCCCCGCCCCCACCAUUCAUCUGUGUAUGUCUGUGUGGCCGUAGUAAGGCAUGCGCAGUACAGACGAGUGAAACGGACGGAAUUCAAAGUUUCUGACGAGCCCGUCAAGAUGUUCGGCUUCCAUAAAUCCAAGAUUUACCGCAGCAACGAAGGCUGUUGUAUUUGCAAAACCAAGUCGUCCAGUUCUCGGUUCACGGACAGCAGCAGAUAUGAGGAACACUUCAGACUCUGCUUCGGUCUGUCAGAGGAUCGGGUUGGAGACAUCUGCAAUGCUUGUGUGCUGCUGGUAAAACGCUGGAAGAAAUUACCACAUGGAUCAAAGAAAAACUGGAACCAUGUGGUGGAUGCAAGGGCAGGACCUGGCUUCAAGCUGACCAGACCCAAGAAAGUAAAAAAUAUUGAUGGAAAGAAGAAAAGUAAACUGAAAAAGCUUCAUAAAUUCAAAAGACAAACUUCAUAA